AUGCUGUUGAAAAGAAUGAAGUUACUUGUGUUAGCAGUUCUUUUCCGCGCUGCUAACGCUGGUCAAAUAGCGAUUGGAGGAGACAUUUUUGACGGCACACCUGAUAGGAUUAUUGAAAAGGUCGAAGAACGUGUCAUACUCGUACCAUCGCAAGAAGUCCGACUAGUUGAAGUCGAGGAAGUAGAGGUAACUACGCCCAAAGUUAGGAUAAUCAGAACAAGACCUUCAACGCAUCAAACAAGGAGACCUGCAGCACACACAACAAGGGGCCAUCACGUGUAUAGACACAAACCCAGUCGCCAUUCUUUCAGCAAGGACGGGUGGAAAAUAUAUACACGUCACCUGUACAAGGUAUUUAACAAUGCAAAAUCCUUCGACGAUGCAGAGAAAACAUGCAAAAAACAUGGAGGUCACCUUGCUUCUAUUCACAGUGAUGACGAAAACACCUUCAUACAUUCCAUCACAAAAACUGGCCAUGAAAUCAAAUCCUUCGAAAAUUUUGUGUAUAUUGGUUUGAAAUAUGAUACGAGAACGCGUAAAUGGUCGUGGACUGAUGGUAGCAAAUUCAACUUUUCCAAAUGGGCAGUUCAUCAACCUGAUCAUCUUGGAGAUGAAAACUGUGGACAGUUGCAUCAAGAUCCAGGUCCAACUUUGAUCUACGUUCAAGAUUAUAAAUGGAAUAGUAUCGCCUGUAAUACUCCCAUGAAAUAUUUUGUUUGCAAGAAGUAG